GAAGGAAGGAAGGAAGGAAAGCCAGAUGAGUCUUCAGCAGAAGAGCAAGUCCUGGGGGCAGGAGGGGAGGGACGGUGGCUGGAUCGCAAGGCCUGGCACCGAGGCAGUCCGUUUCCAUGGGUCAUCCCCAGCCAGGAAGAAGGGCUGCAAGUUCCCUGCUUUGGAAAGGCCUGGGUGCAAAUCUCCAGCUCCAAUGUUAAAGCAGCAGCUUUUUUGGUUUCUCGCUGCAGCUGGCAAAGGCUCCCCAGGAAAAGAGAUUCCACCUGAAACAUUAGGAAGAGCUUCCUGACAGGCAUGUGGACCUCCAGGGGUUGUUCCCUGCUGCUGCUGCUGCUGCUGCUGUGGUUCUUCCUGGGCAACGUGGCCCACUCCUGCCCGGCCCUGUGCCAAUGCUACGGGAACGUGACUGUCUUCUGCGCCGAGGAGGGCCUCGUGGACGUGCCGGAGGGGAUCCCCGCCAACGCCACCCAGCUCUUCUUCGUGGAGACCUCCCUGGGGUCCAUCCGGAGUGGGGCCUUUGCCAACAUCAGUGCCCCCCACCUCCGCAAGCUGGUCUUCCUUGGCAGCCCACUGAGUUCUCUGAGUGAGGCGGCCUUUGCAGGGCUGACCAGCCUGCAGGAGCUGGAUAUCUCCUCCAGCCUCUUGACUGCCCUGAGCAGGGAGAGCUUCCAGGGCCUGGCCGGCCUGAGCACUCUCUCCCUCACAUUCAGCCCCCUGGAGACCCUGGAAGAGGGGAUCUUUAGGAACACCCCGGCCCUCCGGACGCUCCACCUGCAAGGGAACAGGAUCAGGGCUCUGCUCCCGAGCAUCUUCCACCCAGUGAGGGGCCUGGAGACCCUCUCCCUUGCCCAGAAUGGCCUGGCCAGCCUGGCAGGGAGGGCCUUUGCCCUGGUGCCCCACCUGCAGGUUCUGAGGCUAAGCGACAACAACAUUUCUUCCCUCCCGGCAGAAGUCUUCCUGCCUCUCCCUGACCUCCGCGAGCUCUUCCUAGACGGGAAUGCCCUGGCCAUGCUGCCCACUGGGGUCUUCUCCCAGCAAUCCCACCUGCGACGGCUCCACCUCCAGCACAAUGCCCUCCAAGGCCUGCGGACUGCCAUCUUCUCCUCCUUGGCCAACCUGACCUUCCUGCACCUGGACAGCAACCGGCUGAAGGAGCUUCCAGAGGGGCUCUUUGAGGGGACCCCCCACCUGGUGGAGCUCUCCAUGGCCCACAACCAGCUGGAGACCCUCCGAGAGGGGCUCUUUGCCACCCUCCCCCGCUUGACCAUCCUAUCCCUGUCCCACAACCGCCUCCACCGCUUGACCGCCGGCCUCUUCCAGGGGCUGCCGGCCCUCGCCAGGCUGCAGCUGGACCACAACAACCUCAGUGGGCUUCCCCAGGAUCUGCUGGCCAACCUCAGUGGCUUGGAGGCCUUGGACCUUUCGCACAACCGGCUGGCCACCCUGCCAGAGGGCAUCUUUGACUCCAACUUUGCCCUCUUCUAUGUGGCUUUGGGGCGCAACCCCUGGGCAUGCGAUUGCCACCUGGGCUACCUGGCCGACUGGCUCCUGUACGCUGACCCCCUUGUCAAUGCCCAGGCCCUCUGCCGCAGUCCGGCUGACCUCCAGGGACUGACCCUCCCGGCGGUCAGGAGGGAGCAGCUGGCAUGCCCCCGACGCCCCCCAGGACCUUCCCGCUGCCGGACAGAGGCUCAGGAGCCCCCCGAGGAGGAGGCCAGCCCCCUGACCCAGUGCGCUUACCAGGACGCAGAGGGGGGCCUCCAGGUGACCUGUGACCCAGAAGCGUGCCACCAUCUCAGGCUGACCCUUCCUCCGGGCGACGGUGGUGUGCCAGGCGCAGGGCAGCGUUUCAGUGGGAACUGGACACUGGACAAUGGCUGUGGGAGGCUGAGAGUCGAGGUCUCUGUGACCAUUGAGAAGGAGACGCCUCUGGCUGGACCAGCGAGCAUGGAGACCCCAUGAGCCGGUCACUCUCACCUGUGGUCAGGCAGAGAUGGGGCAAGGGGGGGUAGGGGCAAUUCUUAUUGGAGCCGGACAGGCUUAGAUGACAUUGACCUCUUUGCCUCUGUUCCUCUCCAAGAAGCCUACCUUGCAGGGCUGCUGUGAAAGACAAACAUACCAAAGAUCUGCAAAGCAUAAAGAAUGAACAAAGUA